GAUGCCGCCCCAUGUCCAGGUAGUCUCGGUUCAAAAUAGCCAGCGAAACAGCGCUCGAGCCAUCACCCAAUCGCCAACACACCUAAGAGGUCCGCAAUGUUUUGUCUAGCUCGGUAGUACCCAGUACCACGUUUCAGUGUGCGCGUCGGACACGUCGCCCAACCGCUGAACCCGUUCCAGAAGAGAACCCAAGUGCAAGUGCCGAUUUUCCGCGCCAGUGCCGUCGUCACCAUGUGCUAACAGUGGCAUUAUGUAAGCGCGAUGGGUUUCUCGAGCAACUUGCAGGGGAAGAGCGCCCACGAGGCGCUCCUCUCCCGACAGGACGCCGAGCUGCGCCUCCUGGACUCCAUGAAGAGGUGCAUCCUGAGCAAGGUGCGCUGCGACAGGGACUACGCGGUGGCGCUGGGCUCGGUGGCCACGCAGGGCCUGAAGAUGGACCGCGGCGACGAGCUGCAAGGCAGUCUGGUGGCCUCCACCUGGAAGACGAUGAUGGAGGAGCUGGACACCACGGGCAAGCUGAUCAAGCAGAACGCGGACACGAUCGAGUCCAAGCUCCUGGACACGCUGAACAGCCUGUACGCGGAGAAGAGGAAGGUGCGGAAGGCUUAUCAGGAAGAGCACGCCAGGAUUCUGCAGCAGUUCACACAUUUGUCUGACGAAGUCAACCGCAAAAAAUCCGAAUACCAGAAGUACCUCGAAUUGUACAAACUCAUGAGGUCCCGAUUCGAAGAGCACUAUGUCAAGUCCGGAAGAGGCGGCCGAAAGUUGGACGAAGUGCGCGACAAGUACCAGAAGGCCUGCCGGAAGCUGCACCUCACGCACAACGAGUACGUACUUCUUCUGUGUGAAGCGGUGGAGUUCGAGAAGGACUUCCGAACCGUGCUGCUCCCCGGACUUCUGGAGCACCAACAGUCGCUGCAGGAAGCUUUCAUCCUCGCAUGGAAGCAGAUUUUGCAAGAAGUGAGUACCAACUCGGACUGCACCGCCGACAAGUUCCGCGAAAUCCAAAAAAGGAUAGAGGCGAGUCUAGAAUCGAUUAAACCCAACGAGGAGUAUAAAGAUUUUACUGAAAAACAUAAAACGACGCCUACAGAACCCGUGAAAUUCACGUUUGACGAAAGUCUGGUGGAGGACAGUGCGGGGAAGUUGCUCCCGAACCAACUCACGGUUGAUAAUCUCACGGUCGAGUGGUUACGGAACAAACUAGCCGAAUUAGAAACCAGUAUUAAAGAAAAUCAAGAAAAGCGUACUGCUUUGGUCACCAAUCCAGAAGGGUUCGUCAACGGAAAAACCGAAGUCAAUAACAGGUUAAUCACAAACGUCGACUCGACGAAAAAGGAAAUUAAUGAGUUGAAAUGCCAAGAACGGAAAAUGCUGAAGCAGACCGAAUUGAUUAAGAGUGCCUUAAACGAGCUCGGAUGCGAGGAAGUUCCAUCCGGGUGCGAUCUCUCCAUUGAUAAUCAGACUUUUAUUAGCAAUUCUAGUGAACAAGUUGGCAGUUCAGAAAGCACAAAGCGAGGGUUUACGCAUCAAAAGAUUGUUAACAUGUUUCGAAAGCCGUUCCGGCGAAAAUCUGUCCCUUCAUCGCCUAUCGCACCGCCUCGUACUAAAGGGAGAAGGGAUUCGGCCCCUCGUAGCGAAGGGGGAGAUCCUGUUUCCAUGACCACGAACAAGUCUCUAGUGGACGAAGAGUGGUUCCAUGGAGUACUGCCGCGCGAAGAAGUCGUCAGGUUGCUGACGCAAGACGGCGACUUUCUAGUUAGGGAAACCACGAGAAACGACGAGUGCCAAACAGUACUUUCGGUGUGUUGGGGCGGGCAUAAACAUUUCAUCGUACAAACCACAGCUGAAGGCCAUUAUCGGUUCGAAGGACCUGCUUUCCCCAGCAUCCGCGAACUCAUUCUGUAUCAGUUUAAUAGCGGACUUCCUGUGACGGGACGUUCGGGUGCCAUAUUGUAUAAACCAAUCCCGAGGGAGCGGUGGGAGCUCAACAACGACGAUGUAGUACUUUUGGAUAAAAUCGGCCGGGGCAACUUUGGCGACGUGUAUCGAGCUCAGCUAAAGAACAGCAACGAAGUAGUAGCCGUGAAAACUUGCCGGGUAACCCUACCAGAAGACCACAAGAAAAAAUUCCUGCAAGAAGGACGUAUUCUGAAGCAGUACGACCAUCCCAACAUAGUCAAACUAAUCGGGAUUUGUGUGCAAAAGCAACCAAUUAUGAUCGUCAUGGAGUUAGUACCAGGAGGGUCACUUCUGACUUUUUUGAGGAAAAAGUCGCCCGCGUUGACGGACGGGCAGCUAAUGAAGAUGUGUCUGGAUGCAGCAGCGGGAAUGCGCUACUUAGAAUCCAAGAACUGUAUACAUAGAGAUUUAGCAGCGCGGAAUUGUCUAGUUGGUUACAACAACGUGGUGAAGAUUUCCGACUUUGGUAUGUCUAGAGAAGAGGAGGAGUAUAUUGUUUCAGAUGGAAUGAAGCAAAUUCCGAUUAAAUGGACGGCACCGGAGGCUCUAAAUUUCGGAAAAUACACCUCUUUGUGUGACGUCUGGAGCUACGGGAUUCUCUGCUGGGAGAUCUUUUCCCGCGGCGGGACCCCCUACAGCGGCAUGAGUAACUCAAAAGCCCGAGAAAAAAUCGAUUCGGGUUAUCGGAUGCCCGCCCCUGAAAACACCCCGGACGAAAUGUACAGACUAAUGUUAAGAUGUUGGGAGUACAAGCCUGAAAAUAGACCCAACUUUGAACAAAUUUAUACAGUUGUUGAGACUUUAUGUGCCGCGUAUAGAGUGUCAUUCCUUUGAUUGACAUUUUUUAUUUCUGUGAUUAAAUAAAGCUCAGAAAAUAUUAAGAAUCUAUAAAGAUAAAAGUAUUUUUUAAUUAUGAGUGUGCUAUUAAUUACUGUGAUUGUAACGAGGCGUUUGAUGGACUAGUUUAAGAAAUUACUAAGCCUUUUAUAACUUGUAUGUAUAAAGUUUGACUGAGUUUUGAAUAAAUGUUUUAAUUUUUUUGAUUAUAAA